CCUCUCUGGGCUGGCGGACGCGGCGGAGGGCGGCUCGGAGAUGCUGCUCCCGCUGCCGCCGACGCCGCCUUCCUCCUCCUCCUCCUCCUCUUCCUCGGCUCCGCUGUUGCUGGCGGCGGAGAUCCUGGAGGAGGCCGAGGAGGAGGAGCGGGGCCUCGGGGGGACCCCUAUGGCCGGGGCCGAGAGCGUCCAGCGCUGGGCGGAGGAGGAGGCCGCUGCGUCAGCCGGAGCCCAGGAGGAGCCCGAGGGCGGAGGUCCGCGGUGGGGGGCUCAGCACGCCGGAGCCCGGGAGCUGGCCGAGCUUUACUCCCCCGGGAAAAGACUUCAAGAAUGGAUCAGUGUCAUCUUAUGCUUUUCUCUGAUGUCUUUCAACUUCUACAAGCUCCUCCUCUGCUUAAGACUGGAACAUGCCUUCUCAGUUAUUGUUGGGAUAUUUGCAGGAGUUAUUACUGCUGACUUUGUCUCAGGUCUGGUGCACUGGGGAGCAGACACAUGGGGAUCUGUAGACCUGCCAAUUGUUGGAAAGGCUUUUAUUAGACCUUUCAGAGAGCAUCACAUUGACCCAACAGCAAUUACCAGACAUGACUUCAUAGAGACCAAUGGCGAUAACUGCAUGUUGGCGGUAGUUCCAUUGGCAAACAUGGCCUACAAAUUGGUGUCUUUAUCACCAGAAGCAUUACACCAAACGUGCCCUUGGGAGUGUUACGUCUUUGCCCUGGCUAUAUUUGCAACCUUGACAAAUCAGAUUCACAAGUGGUCUCACACCUACUUUGGUCUUCCUCGCUGGGUAAUCUUCCUACAGGACUGGCACAUUAUUCUGCCACGAAAACACCACAGGAUCCACCAUGUGUCUCCUCAUGAAACUUACUUCUGUAUUACUACAGGCUGGCUGAACUACCCACUGGAAAAAAUCAGGUUUUGGCGGUUCCUGGAAAAUAUCAUUCAAGGACUGACAGGCGAAAAACCUAGAGCAGAUGAUAUGAAAUGGGCUCAGAAAAUAAAAUAACUCUUGCCAGGCUUCUACUGUCCUUAUACUUGUUGCCAAUAUUUUUAAAAGAAGAAAAAAAAAAGCCAUCAGCCAAAUUAAAGACUUGCAAAGAAAUAAUGGACUAAAAGCACAAUGCUUUUAAAAAGUGCUAACAGACUGCAAGUUAAAGGACUCACUCUUCAAAAUAAUACUUGAAAAUGCAAAUGGCUUUUUCCCAUUUGUACCGAGCACCUUCUGUUAGCCACACCUGCCGAUGUUGACUGUUUUCAUCCUUGAGUCUCAAAAGCCAUUAGUCAGAGAAGACACUGUACCAUUUCUAGUAAGAUGUCAUCGGCACAGUAAAAAAUGUGUUGUAUCAACAUGAUUUUACCACUUUGAAAGUAGUAUGAGACACAAGAUAGCAUAUAAGCAUUGUGUUUAAAGGAGCAGAUUCAAACUUACUGCAUGAGAAUCAGAAGGAAAGGAAGCUCAUGAAAUUGUCAUCUCUUCAAUGCAUUUUGUGUUUGGUACACUUUUCAGUUGAUUCAUCUUGCUAUCAUGUCAAGUCUUAGUCUAUGUGUGCAGCAGAACACUGUACACUUAGUUUAGUGUGCAGCAGAACACUAGGGAGUCUUAUUCAACUGGUGGGUUGAAGGAUCUUUGCUGUUGUCUGUCUCCUGAAAUAAACAAGUGUUCCACUUCCUUGAUAUUUGAGCAGACCGUUGCUAUAUAUGCCUGUAACUAACUUGGUAGCAAUCUGAGGAAAAACAGACCAUGUUCUGUGUGAGUGUCAAACAUAUAAAUCACUUGUAUUAGAUCACUUAGUGUUCAGUGAUUGGAUUUGUUUCAGUAUGAUUCUUCCAAUAAUCAUUGUUUAAACUAGAUCUAGAAAAUUGGGCACAUCAUUAAAUUUAUAUAUUAGAAGGAUUAGGUUAAUGGUGUGUAUUUUUAAAGGUGCUUGCUCAUUCAUGUAAAUAUCAUAAAGCCUUAAAUUUCUUUGGUGUAACAUGGAAUAAUAUUUUAAUGUGGUCUGAAUGUACAUAAUUUAUAACAAAGCAGUUCGAUUAUACUAAUUGCGUUUGUUAAGUCUUGUUGCAAUUCACUUUAUUUAUUUAUUUCAUGAGAGUACAACUAAGUGUCAUUUAUGAGCAAAUGCAAAUUGUAGAAUAGAUCUUGAACACACUCACAGGACCAAGAGUAGAUUUCUUGAUCUGUAUAGAAGACUGGUGGAAUAUUCUGUAGCAUAAAAAAAUCCUCUUUUUGUGACACACUUAUGUGCCUCAACAAUGAACAGCCUUUUAUUGCACCUUAACUGUAGCUGCCUCUGUGUUAAAAACAUUGGCUUCCACUUGCAUUUCUCAAGAUCUAGAUUUCUCUGUUUUUAUGUACACGUUCCCUAUGUUCAUGCCAUGGUUCUGCAACAACUUGCAUGGAUGUUAUUGGCCUUGAUAUUCUAAGUGGGUGGGAAUAAAAAAGAGGACCAUCUUUAUAGUGAAUAUUACUGAUGAUAAAAGAAUAAAAAUACCUUUCAGGGCUGCUUUUCAAGAUAAAAUGCCCCUAAGGUGGAAUAUAUCAUAAACUGAAAUUUUUCAGACCAUGAAAACAAUGCUCAUGAAAUUCAUAAGUCAUUAUAAUAGUUUCCCCAGUUUUGUAUUCUCCACUUAAUUUGGACUACAGUUCUCAUUAACCAUACCCAGUGAUAAUGAGGCUUUUAGUCCGGAAGUUGAGGGGAGUUUGCACUAAAAUAACAAGAUAGCAACAGUUGUUUUGAAGGCAGACUGGAAGAAUAAGUCUUUAGAAUUCAAUACAGAGGAGGCCAAAUGUACUGCUUUGUUCCAAAGAUGUGGGACUACCACAGAAAAGUCUGUUUCCCAUGCCAAUCAUACUGUGCUCACCAGUGGAUCAAAGAACAGCGAAUGUGAUGCUGCUCUUAAAGCAAGGCAACUCAUAAAGACUCAGGUGGUCUUUUACCUGGAACAUAGUUGUCUCUUCCUCAAACUUUCAGCCCACCCCAGAUCAUACUAUUCUUAUGGCUUCCAGUGUCUUUCAGUUAAAUAUUUUCACAUUUAUGCGCUUUGUUUCAGGACUCUGCUUUUAAAACAAUAAUGUGUUCGCAGCCAUGAAAUUGAUGUAUCUUUCUCCAGCCUCAUUCUGCCACAGCUGUAAUUGUAGUCUUAAACCUCCUAAGGGAGGGAAGAAGGCAGACCUACACCUGAUGAAGCUUCAAUAUAAGGAAGAGUGCAGAACUGCAUAUGUUCCAAACAAUAAUAUACAUCCAGUUCAAGUUGCAGCUCUUCCAAUUGACAGAGUUGCCAGUGAAAAUCUAUUUCAGAGCAAAAUAUUUUUUGGUUUAGCAGGGUUAGGUUGUGUACCAGUUUCACUUGGACACCAAAGAUAAUUGAAUUGGCAGGUAAAUAUCUUGCCUGAGCUUUUGUGUCACGUUCAAUUGAAACAAUAAAUAUGCUUUGUGCUUGCCAACUACCUAGGAAACAUGGGUGUCCACUGCCAAUUUGUCUUCCUGCCCUAGUCCUAUUCUCUGGAUCAGGAGCAACAUUGAAGCUUAGGUCAUAUAUUUGCCACCUCACUGCGUGCUGACCCCUGCUUUCUCCAUAGCUUUCAAGAUUACAAAGGAUUUGAAGGUGCACACUACAUGAUUAUGGCACUAUGAUUGCACUGAAAUUGCCAUGACUUCAUCUUGCAGAAUUCUGGGCUUUGUAUUUUGAUGAGGCACUUGAGCUUUCUGACUCAGGAUUCUAAAAGUAAAUGUGCCUACAAAUUGCAUGUUGACUAAUGGUGAUGCCAUGAAUUUCAGAGAGUUUUCUUUAGCAAGGAAUAUUGAGAGGUGGUUUUGCCAGUUCUUUCCUUUGAAAUACAGCCUAUGGCACACAGUGUUAAAGUCUUCUAUCCAAGUACUAAGUCUGACCCUACUCCACUCUCAAGAUCAGAGAGGAUCUGGUGCCUUCAGAGCAUUUAGGCCUUGGAUUAUGAAUAACCCUCCCUAAACUGCCAAUCCCAGGAUUCCAUAUGCUUGAACCAUGGCAGUUAAAAUAGAAUGACAGCACUAGAAUUGUGUAGUCUGGAAGGGCCCCAGUUAGAUGGAAAUGGGGCAAAGUAUCAUGAGUGGACACUGAUGAAAGAGCAAUAAGUGUGACUUGGUGUUUUGAAUAAUCAUUUACAGGACUGGCCUUGGUAAUGGGUUGAUACUAUUAAAGUCAGUCUUUAAAGUGGUUGUACAAAAUAUGCCAAGCCAAGCAAACCUUACAAGUCAGAUAAUAACUGAAAAUGAGACUGUACUGGUUAUGUUUUAUGGUACACAAGAUCUGUGUCCUGAGGUGGAUAAGUUUUGGAAGUGGUUGGCUGUGAAACUUAAAGAACACAAGAACUUUAAAAUGUUGCUUAUUAAACCUGAAUGACCCACU